AUGAUAGUCACAACGCAGGAGAUGUCAAAGAAGCGAAAGGCGGUGCAGGAUGGUAUUUUCAAAGCUGAAUUAAAUAAUUUCCUUAUGAAGGAACUAGCCGAAGAUGGUUAUUCGGGUGUUGAAGUUCGGCGAACACCGGCACGUGCCGAGAUAAUCAUUUUGGCUACACGUACGCAAAGUGUGUUAGGUGAACGUGGACGGCGGAUUCGUGAAUUAACAUCGGUUGUACAGAAACGAUUUGGAUUUGCUGAUGGUACAGUUGAGCUUUACGCGGAAAAAGUUACAAAUCGCGGUCUUUGCGCUGUAGCUCAGUGCGAAUCGUUACGUUACAAACUGGUCGGUGGUUUAGCUGUUCGUCGAGCUUGCUAUGGUGUGUUGCGUUUUAUUAUGGAAUCCAAUGCACAAGGAUGCGAAGUAAUUGUAUCCGGAAAGCUGCGCGGUCAGCGAGCUAAGUCGAUGAAAUUUGUUGAUGGAUUGAUGAUUCAUUCUGGUCAACCGGUAAACGAUUACAUCCAACAGGCAGUACGUCACGUUCAACUCCGUCAAGGUGUUUUGGGUAUCAAAGUGAAAAUAAUGCUGCCACACGACCCUAAAGGAAAUAUGGGACCACGUAUUGCAUUGCCUGACCAGAUUCAUAUCCAAGAACCGAAUGAAGCACCGAAUCCACUGCAUCCAGAAUCAGAACAUAAACAAGAAAAGAAGGAUUUGUUGCAACCGAUGCCGGGUCAGAUGCCACAAAUACCCCCUUAUUGA